CAACUUUUGAAAAUGAAAAUUGGAGAGUGCAAUGCAGUGAAUGCGAAUCUGCUUGCUUCGACUGUUUUUAUAUAUUUGUUUUGGAAAAAUACUCGAAUGAUUGUUUCUUUAUUUUUAUUCGGAUAAGGCCAUCAUAAGGGCACAAAAGUGGCCACUGACCAUCAUGUAGGAUUACCUUGGCUGACGAGUUCCGUGGUUCGCUGGCUCGAGAAUUUUUGCGGUAAGACACCUAUUUUCUAAACUUCAGACUGUGAAGUAGUGGUGGUGAAGUGGUGGAGUAUAUAUUCAUUGAUUUUCGCGCCAUUGGAUCUGGAUUUGCUGUUAUUGCAGUUAUAAAGGCAAGUGCGGCAUUCUGGACUCCGGAGGCUCAUUAAUCAUAUUGAUCACAUUCAUUGCAUCCAAUAAUCAUGAGUUUCGCCGCACCAAAAGAAACAUUCAAAUCGUUUGUGACUGAAAAAGAAAUUGAGGAAAAGAAAAAAGUCCGACAGGCUGAAUGGGAAAAAGUUCGGAAGCCUGAUCAGCCGCUGCAAGCUCCAGAUGAACCUGUCGAUAAUCGGACGCUUUACGAUCGUUUGAAAGAGCAGAAACUGAAAGAGCAAGAAGAGAAAGAAGAGGCUCGAAAACUCAAAAACUUCGUGCGUGGUUUGGAACAUGAUGAAGUCGAGUUCUUGGAUCAGCUAGAUGAUAUUUACGUAAGAAUGGAGCGCGAAAAACAGCAGGAAGAGAAAAAAGCAAUAAUGGAAUUUCGGGAUAAACUAGCGGCUGUCCAAACAGAAGCUGCCCCGAUCGCUGGAAUCGCUCCUAGCUUAGUGAUUAACAAGCGCAAAGAGGAUCGUACUUUGGCAAGACAGUCUAGUACUGAGCCCCCUAAGAAGCGGCAAAACGACCUCUUAGCUGGAGUCGUAAAAAUCAGACGGUUAAAUAGCGGAAGCUCUGAUGAACCCUUGAAAUCCCCAGCACAGGUGGCAGAAGAGCUGCCGGAACAAUCACCCGCAUCCACCUCAGACCCUGUUUCUUCCAGAAACAGCUCCAGCAUCGCACUCUUGGUUGCUUACGGCAGUGAUUCUGACAGUGAAUGAAUCAUGAGGCUUCUUCUCUUGGAUAAUUGUGACUGUGAUAGCUCCUUUGUUUUUCAGUUAGUGAAAUCUAUGGUGCUUCUGUCUGCGGUUUUGCUUGUUAAUCUUCUUGUGCUAGACUCGAGGGAAAGAGCUGCUUACCGUACAAAUUCAUCUAUUUCCAUGCGCUAAGCUGAAUAACAUAUGGACUAAUGAACUGAACCAUUGUCGUUUUUACCUAUCUGCAAAGCAAAUGCAGUACAGUAUUGUACAAGUACCAGACUCAAGCAGAAUAAAUU